AUGUCCUCCGUCAAAACCCUUAUCAACCGCGCCAAGAUCCCUCGCGAGACCCAUCUCAUCGCCGUCGGCGAGGAUGGCUCUGUGCGAGAGGCGAAAGAGGGCGACACAGACCUCGUCGAGGUCAGCGCCCCGAAGGAUAUGCUUCCCGUCGCGAUUGACUCGCCCCUUCGGACAUGGGGCGCUUUCUCGCUUGGUGGCUACUGGGUUGCAGAAGCGUUCGGUAUCUCUCAAUAUCAGGUCGCCUCGUCCGCCGUUUCGGCUGGACUCUCGCCUGGUGCUACAAUCGGAGCUGUACUGCUCGGCCACUUCAUCGUCUCUUGCGCCUGCGCUGUGACGGGCUACGUCGGCUGCGCGUACGGCAUUAACUUCCCAUCGUGGGCACGUACGGCUUUCGGCAUCCGCGGAACGUACCUCGCCGUCAUCUGCCGAGCCAUCGCAGCGAUUGUCUGGUUUGGGACACAAUCAUAUGCGAGAGGCCAAUGUGUCCAGGUCAUGCUGCAGGCUAUCUGGCCUUCCGUCAAGCACUUCCCGAACCACCUCCCCGAGUCGGCGCAUGUCACCUCGUCGAUGCUCCUCUGCUUCUUCAUCUUCUACCUGAUCCAGCUCCCGCUGCUGUGGAUCCACAUUUCGAAGCUCAAGUACCUCUUCGCUAUCGUCAUUAUGCCCUUCUUCGGCUUCGCCCUCUUCGGCUGGGCUGUCGGACGCGCACACGGCUUCGGACCCGUCUUCUCCAAGCCGACGCACAUCCUCGAUGGACGCCCGACGGCAGUCGUCUUCCUCUCGGCCUUUACGAGCGCAAUCGCCCCAAAGGCGACGCUCGCGCUCAACAUCUGCGACUUUACUCGCUACGCUAAGAAUCGCAAGGUCGUCGUCUGGACAAACAUCCUCUCGCUCACCGUCCUCGUCACGCUCUGCGCCAUCCUCGGCGUCGUCGUCACGUCGGCUACUCAGGUCAUCUACGGCGUCUCGACCUGGUCGCCGCUGCAAGUCUCAUCGCUCAUGGGGUCGCGCGCCGCGCAAUUCUUCUCCGCCCUUCCCUGGGCCAUCUCGGUCCUCGCGACCAACAUCUCGGCCAACUCGACCGCGGUCGGAAACGACCUCAUGGUUCUCUUCCCUCGCUGGAUCAAUAUCCGGCGCGGACAGUAUAUCACUGCUGUUCUCGGACUCGUUACUUGCCCUUGGAUCAUUCAGUCGACGGCAAAGACUUUCACUGCCUUCCUCGGCGGAUAUACGGUCUUCCUCGCACCCCUCGGCGGCGUCCUCAUGUCCGAAUUCCUCCUCGUCCGCAAGCGUCGCAUCUCGCUCCCCGACCUCUUCACGACCCAGUCCUCCGUCUACUGGUACUCGCACGGCUGGAACUUCCGCGGCGUUGUCGCUUUCGUCCUCGGUAUCGUGCCGUGCCUGCCAGGAUUCAUCAGAAACGUCAACAGCAAGCUUGACAUCCCCGUGCAAGCGACUUACGUCUACGUCUGCGUCUACCCGAUCGGCGUCUUCGUUGGCGGCGGGAUCUACUACCUCCUCUCGACCAUCGUCCCUCCCGCUCCUCUUCCAACCUCGUACUCGGCGAAACAGUAUGCGGGAUCGUACGUCAGCGAGGAGGACAAAGAGAAGGAGGCGGGCAUUGCGGCACAGAGUGCGAUUGUCGCGGUUUGA